GGGGAUGAGAGUUGGGGGGAGCAGCGGGAGGAGGAGGAGGCGGCGGCUAGCGAGGAGCCGGCGCUGGGUCCUGCAGUAGGGCUCCCGGGAGCCACCAUCAUGGUGAAGAGGAAGAGCUCCGAGGGCCAGGAGCAGGACAGCGGCCGCGGCAUCCCGCUGCCCAUCCAGACCUUCCUGUGGCGCCAAACCAGUGCAUUUUUGAGGCCUAAACUGGGGAAGCAAUAUGAAGCUUCUUGUGUGUCCUUUGAACGAGUGUUGGUGGAAAACAAGCUGCAUGGCCUCUCUCCAGCCCUUUCUGAAGCCAUCCAGAGCAUUUCCAGAUGGGAACUGGUGCAAGCUGCUUUGCCUCAUGUUCUCCACUGUACUGCAACCCUGCUUUCCAACCGGAACAAGCUAGGCCACCAAGAUAAGCUCGGUGUCGCUGAGACCAAACUUCUUCACACCCUGCACUGGAUGCUCCUAGAGGCUCCCCAGGACUGCAACAGUGAGCGGUUUGGGGGCACAGACCGAGGCUCCAGCUGGGGUGGCAGCAGCAGCGCUUUCAUCCACCAGAUUGAAAACCAGGGUUCUCCAGGUCAGCCCUGCCAGAGCAGCUCCAAUGAUGAAGAGGAGAACAACCGGAGGAAGAUCUUCCAGAACUCCAUGUCUACUGUGGAGCUCUUUGUGUUUCUGUUUGCUCCUCUGGUACACAGGAUUAAGGAAUCUGACCUCACCUUCCGAUUGGCCAGUGGGCUUGUUAUAUGGCAGCCUAUGUGGGAGCACAGACAGCCGGAAGUCUCUGGCUUCACAGCAUUGGUAAAACCCAUCAGGAACAUCAUUACAGCCAAGAGAAGUUCUCCUAUAAACAGUCAAAGUCUGACCUGUGAAUCACCAAAUCAGGAGACAAGACACCGAGAGGGACUCCAGGUGGUCUGUGAAACUUUGCAGUCUGAUUCUAUCUCACCCAAGGCCACCAUUUCAGGCUGCCACCGAGGAAACUCCUUUGAUGGAAGCUUGUCCUCCCAAACUUCCCAGGAAAGAGGCCCAUCACAUUCCAGGGCCUCUCUGGUGAUACCUCCAUGCCAAAGAUCCCGCUAUGCCACCUACUUUGAUGUUGCUGUUCUCCGCUGCCUACUCCAGCCCCACUGGUCUGAAGAAGGCACCCAGUGGUCUCUGAUGUACUAUCUACAAAGACUGAGGCAUAUGUUGGAAGAGAAGCCAGAGAAGGCUCCAGAGCCAGAUAUUCCUCUCCUGCCCAGACCCAGGAGUAGCUCAAUGGUGGCGGCAGCACCCUCACUAGUGAACACUCACAAAACCCAAGAUCUCACCAUGAAGUGUAAUGAAGAAGAAAAAUCUCUUAGCCCUGAGGCCUUUUCCAAGGUUUCAUUGACCAAUCUGCGCAGGUCUGCAGUACCAGAUCUUUCUUCAGACCUGGGCAUGAACAUUUUUAAAAAGUUCAAGAGCCGUAAAGAAGACCGAGAGAGGAAAGGCUCCAUUCCAUUCCACCACACCGGGAAGAGGAGGCCCCGAAGAAUGGGUGUGCCAUUCCUGCUUCAUGAGGACCACCUGGAUGUGUCCCCCACUCGUAGCACAUUCUCCUUUGGAAGUUUCUCUGGGCUUGGAGAAGACAGGCGAGGCAUCGAAAAAGGAGGCUGGCCAACUACCAUUUUAGGGAAACUGACGCGGCGGGGCAGUUCAGAUGCAGCUACUGAGAUGGAGAGCCUGAGCGCCAGGCACUCCCACUCCCACCACACUCUGGUGAGCGACCUGCCUGACCCCUCCAACAGCCACGGAGAAAACACAGUCAAGGAAGUGCGAUCCCAGAUCUCUACUAUCACAGUAGCAACCUUCAAUACCACAUUGGCAUCAUUCAACGUAGGCUACGCAGACUUUUUCAAUGAGCAUAUGAGGAAGCUCUGCAACCAAGUGCCUAUCCCAGAGAUGCCUCACGAACCGCUGGCCUGUGCUAACCUGCCUCGAAGCCUCACAGACUCCUGCAUUAAUUACAGCUACCUGGAGGACACAGAGCAUAUCGAUGGGACCAACAACUUUGUCCACAAGAAUGGAAUGCUUGAUCUUUCCGUGGUUCUGAAGGCUGUUUAUCUUGUCCUUAACCAUGACAUCAGCUCUCGCAUCUGUGAUGUGGCACUAAACAUUGUGGAAUGCUUGCUUCAACUUGGUGUAGUACCAUGUGUAGAAAAGAACAGAAAGAAGAGUGAAAACAAGGAAAAUGAGACUGUGGAAAAGAGACCAAGUGAAGGAACUUUCCAGUUCAAAGGAGUAUCUGGAAGUUCUACCUGUGGAUUUGGGGGCCCUUCCAUUAGUGGAGCUGGAGAUGGUGGAGGAGAAGAAGGAGGAGGUGGUGAUGGAGGUGGAGGAGGUGAUGGAGGAGGAGGUGGAGGAGGUGGAGGAGGCCCUUAUGAGAAGAAUGAUAAGAACCAAGAGAAGGAUGAAAGUACACCUGUAAGCAACCAUAGGCUUGCUCUCACCAUGCUCAUCAAAAUAGUGAAGUCUCUGGGAUGUGCCUAUGGUUGCGGAGAAGGACACCGAGGGAUCUCGGGAGAUCGUCUGAGACACCAGGUAUUCCGAGAGAAUGCCCAGCACUGCCUCACUAAGCUAUACAAGCUAGAUAAGAUGCAAUUCCGACAAACCAUGAGGGACUAUGUGAACAAGGACUCUCUGAAUAAUGUAGUGGACUUCUUGCAUGCUUUGCUAGGAUUUUGUAUGGAGCCGGUCACUGACAACAAGGCUGGGUUUGGAAAUAACUUCACCACAGUGGACAACAAAUCCUCCGCCCAAAACGUGGAAGGCAUUAUCGUCAGUGCCAUGUUUAAAUCCCUCAUCACCCGCUGUGCCUCCACCACACACGAACUGCACAGUCCUGAGAAUCUGGGAUUAUAUUGUGACAUCCGUCAGCUGGUCCAGUUCAUCAAAGAAGCUCAUGGUAAUGUCUUCAGGAGAGUGGCUCUUAGUGCUUUGCUUGACAGUGCUGAGAAGUUAGCACCAGGGAAAAAAGUGGAAGAGAAUGAACAGGAACCUAAGCCUGCAGGCAGUAAAAGGUCAGAGGCGGGAAGCAUUGUGGAUAAAGGCCAGGUGUCCUCCGCCCCUGAGGAAUGUCGCAGCUUCAUGUCUGGUCGCCCCUCACAGACUCCAGAGCACGAUGAACAAAUGCAAGGGGGCAACCUGGGGCGGAAAGAUUUCUGGCGCAAGAUGUUCAAAUCACAGAGUGCAGCAAGUGACACCAGCAGCCAGUCUGAGCAGGACACCUCAGAAUGCACCACUGCCCACUCAGGGAACACCUCCGACAGGCGUGCCCGCUCACGGUCCCGCAGAAUUUCCCUCCGGAAGAAGCUUAAACUCCCCAUAGGUAAAAGAAACUGGCUGAAACGAUCCUCCCUCUCGGGCCUGGCAGAUGGUGUGGAGGACCUCCUGGACAUCAGCUCUGUGGACCGCCUGUCUUUCAUCAGGCAAAGCUCCAAGGUCAAAUUCACCAGUGCUGUAAAGCUUUCAGAAAGUGGGCCAGGAAGUGGAAUGGAAAAUGGAAGAGAAGAGGAGGAUAAUUUCUUCAAACGUCUUGGUUGCCAUAGUUUUGAUGACCAUCUUUCUCCCAACCAAGAUGGUGGAAAAAGCAAAAAUGUGGUGAAUCUUGGAGCAAUCCGACAAGGCAUGAGACGCUUCCAGUUUCUGUUAAACUGCUGUGAGCCAGGGACAAUACCUGAUGCAUCCAUUCUGGCAGCCGCUUUGGAUCUAGAAGCCCCUGUGGUGGCCCGAGCAGCCUUGUUCCUGGAAUGUGCCCGUUUUGUUCACCGCUGCAACAGAGGCAACUGGCCAGAGUGGAUGAAAGGGCACCAUGUGAACAUUACUAAGAAGGGCCUUUCCCGGGGACGGUCCCCCAUCGUGGGCAACAAGCGGAACCAGAAGCUGCAGUGGAAUGCUGCCAAGCUCUUCUACCAGUGGGGAGACGCAAUUGGCGUCCGGUUGAAUGAGCUGUGUCAUGGGGAGAGUGAGAGCCCAGCCAACCUGCUAGGCCUCAUUUAUGAUGAGGAGACCAAGAGGAGACUGAGAAAGGAGGAUGAGGAGGAAGACUUUUUAGAUGACAGUAAGGAGACUCCCUUUACUACAAGAACCCCUGCUUGUACUGUGAACCCCUCUAAAUGUGGCUGCCCCUUUGCCUUGAAGAUGGCAGCUUGUCAGCUUCUCCUGGAGAUUACCACCUUCCUGAGAGAGACCUUUUCUUGCCUGCCCAGACCUCGUACUGAGCCACUGGGGUUGUGUGGGAUUCGAGGGAGGCUUGCCACAAGACCAAUGCAGCGCUGGGAGAUACCAGCACGCACGUGCUCCUCACUGACAUUUCAGGACUUGGAGAGCUGCAGACUUCGUCUGGAUCCUGAGUUGGACCGGCACAGAUAUGAAAGGAAGAUCAGCUUCGCAGGGGUCCUGGAUGAAAAUGAAGAUUCAAAAGAUUCUCUCCAUAGCAGCAGCCACACCCUCAAAUCAGACACAGGGGUGGAAGAGAAGAAAGUUCCCAGCAGGAAGAUCAGGAUAGGAGGUUCUCGCCUGCUCCAGAUUAAAGGAACCCGCAGUUUCCAGGUGAAGAAGGGGGGUUCCUUGUCCAGCAUUCGCCGAGUCGGCAGCUUAAAGAGCAGCAAGUUAUCACGUCAGGACUCAGAGUCUGAGGCUGAGGAGCUGCAGCUGUCCCAGAGCAGGGACACUGUCACUGACCUAGAAGGGAGUCCUUGGAGUGCAAGUGAGCCCAGCAUUGAGCCAGAGGGAAUGAGCACUGCUGGCACCGAGGAGAACUACCACAGGAACAUGUCCUGGCUUCACGUCAUGAUCUUGCUAUGCAAUCAACAGAGUUUCAUCUGCACGCAUGUGGACUACUGUCAUCCACACUGCUAUCUGCACCACAGCCGCUCCUGUGCCCGGCUGGUCAGGGCCAUUAAGCUGCUGUACGGAGACAGCUUAGACUCCCUGAGGGAGAGCAGCAACACCAGCAAUGUGGCUCUGCGGGGCAAGAAACAGAAAGAGUGCUCAGAUAAGUCAUGCCUGAGGACACCUUCCCUGAAGAAGAGAGCUUCAGAUGCCAACCUGGAAGGAAAAAAGGAUUCUGGGAUGCUGAAAUACAUCCGACUUCAGGUGAUGAGCUUGUCGCCUGCUCCUUUAUCUCUUUUAAUCAAGGCAGCUCCAAUUCUGACAGAGGAGAUGUAUGGUGAUAUCCAGCCAGCAGCCUGGGAGCUCCUGCUCAGCAUGGAUGAGCACAUGGCAGGGGCAGCAGCUGCCAUGUUCCUGCUGUGUGCUGUGAAGGUUCCUGAAGCCGUGUCUGACAUGUUGAUGUCAGAGUUCCACCACCCAGAGACUGUGCAGAGACUGAAUGCUGUCCUCAAAUUCCACACGCUCUGGAGGUUUCGCUAUCAGGUUUGGCCCCGGAUGGAGGAGGGAGCACAGCAGAUUUUUAAGAUCCCGCCUCCCAGUAUCAACUUCACCCUGCCCUCCCCAGUGCUUGGAAUGCCAUCUGUCCCAAUGUUUGACCCUCCAUGGGUCCCUCAGUGCAGUGGGAGUGUCCAGGACCCCAUUAAUGAAGAUCAGUCUAAAUCCUUUUCUGCCCGGGCUGUCUCUCGCUCUCAUCAAAGAGCAGAACAUAUCUUAAAGAACUUGCAGCAGGAGGAAGAGAAGAAACGCCUGGGUCGAGAAGCCAGCCUCAUUACUGCCAUCCCCAUCACCCAGGAGGCUUGCUAUGAGCCCACCUGCACACCCAACUCAGAGCCGGAAGAAGAAGUAGAAGAAGUCACCAAUCUGGCAUCCCGCCGACUGUCCGUGAGCCCCUCCUGCACCUCGAGCACCUCCCACAGGAAUUACUCCUUCCGACGAGGGUCGGUCUGGUCGGUGCGUUCAGCUGUCAGCGCAGAAGAUGAGGAGCACACCACGGAACACACACCAAACCACCAUGUGCCACAGCCCCCACAGGCCGUGUUCCCUGCAUGCAUCUGUGCAGCAGUGCUGCCCAUCGUUCAUCUCAUGGAGGACGGUGAGGUGCGGGAGGACGGAGUAGCAGUGAGUGCUGUGGCCCAACAAGUCUUAUGGAAUUGUCUAAUUGAAGAUCCAUCAACUGUUCUUCGACAUUUUCUGGAAAAACUGACAAUCAGCAAUAGACAAGAUGAAUUAAUGUACAUGCUGCGCAAACUUCUCUUAAACAUUGGAGACUUUCCUGCUCAGACAUCUCAUAUCCUAUUCAACUACUUGGUGGGAUUGAUCAUGUACUUCGUGCGAACCCCUUGUGAAUGGGGAAUGGAUGCCAUUUCAGCCACUCUGACUUUCCUGUGGGAGGUGGUUGGGUACGUGGAGGGCCUUUUCUUCAAGGACCUCAAGCAGACAAUGAAGAAGGAACAGUGUGAAGUAAAGCUCCUGGUGACUGCUUCAAUGCCAGGUACCAAAACGUUGGUAGUUCAUGGACAAAAUGAGUGUGACAUUCCAACCCAGUUACCAGUCCAUGAAGACACUCAGUUUGAAGCCCUGUUGAAGGAGUGUCUGGAGUUUUUCAACAUCCCCGAAUCCCAGUCCACACAUUAUUUCCUGAUGGAUAAGAGAUGGAAUCUUAUCCACUACAAUAAGACCUAUGUUCGAGAUAUUUAUCCCUUCCGGAGGUCAGUAUCUCCACAGCUGAACCUCGUACACAUGCGUCCAGAGAAGGGACAGGAGCUCAUUCAGAAACAGGUGUUCACCAGGAAGCUGGAGGAGGUGGGGCGGGUGUUGUUUCUCAUCUCCCUCACGCAGAAGAUCCCCACAGCCCACAAACAGUCCCACGUCUCCAUGCUUCAGGAAGACCUCCUCCGCCUGCCCUCAUUCCCUCGGAGUGCGAUAGAUGCCGAAUUCUCACUCUUCAGUGAUCCUCAAGCUGGGAAGGAACUGUUUGGCCUUGACACACUUCAGAAAAGCUUGUGGAUCCAGCUCCUGGAAGAGAUGUUCCUGGGCAUGCCAAGCGAAUUCCCCUGGGGAGAUGAAAUCAUGCUUUUCCUCAACGUUUUCAACGGCGCUCUGAUCCUUCACCCAGAAGACAGUGCCCUGCUCAGGCAGUACGCUGCCACCGUCAUCAACACCGCCGUGCACUUCAAUCACCUCUUCUCUCUCAGUGGCUACCAGUGGAUUCUCCCCACCAUGCUGCAGGUAUACUCUGACUAUGAAAGCAAUCCCCAGUUACGUCAAGCCAUCGAAUUUGCCUGCCACCAGUUCUACAUUCUGCACCGCAAGCCCUUUGUGCUCCAGCUGUUUGCUAGUGUGGCCCCUCUCUUGGAGUUUCCUGAUGCUGCCAAUAAUGGGCCCAACAAAGGUGUGUCGGCUCAGUGCCUAUUUGACUUGCUACAGUCCCUGGAAGGAGAGACCACUGACACAUUAGACAUCCUAGAGCUGGUCAAAGCUGAGAAGCCUCUCAAGUCAUUAGAUUUCUGCUAUGGAAAUGAAGAUCUGACCUUCUCUAUCAGUGAAGCCAUUAAGCUCUGUGUCACUGUGGUGGCGUAUGCUCCUGAAUCAUUCAGAAGUCUUCAGAUGCUGAUGGUCUUGGAAGCUUUAGUUCCAUGUUACCUACAAAAGCUAAAGAGGCAGACAUCACAGGUGGAGACAGUACCUGCUGCCCGAGAGGAGAUUGCUGCCACAGCUGCUCUUGCAACAUCCUUACAAGCACUUUUGUACAGUGUGGAAGUCCUCACCAGGCCCAUGACAGCCCCACAGAUGAGCAGGUGUGAUCAAGGUCACAAGGGGACCACCACAGCCAAUCAUACCAUGUCUUCUGGAGUGAACACCAGGUACCAGGAGCAAGGAGCCAAACUGCACUUUAUCAGGGAAAACCUUCAUUUAUUGGAGGAAGGUCAGGGUCUUCCUAGAGAGGAACUGGAUGAACGAAUUGCUCGGGAAGAGUUCAGAAGACCCCGGGAAUCCCUGCUGAAUAUUUGCACAGAAUUCUAUAAGCACUGUGGACCAAGGCUGAAGAUCUUGCAAAACCUGGCUGGGGAGCCACGGGUCACUGCACUGGAGCUGCUGGAUGUGAAGUCCCAUAUGAGGUUGGCAGAAAUUGCACAUUCCCUUCUGAAGUUGGCACCCUAUGACACCCAGACGAUGGAAAGCCGUGGGCUUCGGCGCUACAUCAUGGAGAUGCUACCCAUUACUGACUGGACAGCUGAGGCAGUGAGACCAGCCCUUAUCCUCAUUCUAAAGAGAUUGGAUAGAAUGUUCAACAAAAUUCAUAAGAUGCCAACUUUGAGGCGACAGGUUGAGUGGGAGCCUGCCAGCAAUUUGAUUGAAGGGGUUUGUUUGACACUUCAGAGGCAGCCAAUCAUAUCCUUCCUGCCUCACCUUAGGUCACUGAUCAAUGUCUGUGUCAAUCUGGUGAUGGGAGUGGUAGGACCUUCCAGUGUUGCUGAUGGAUUACCCCUUCUUCAUCUCAGCCCUUAUCUCUCACCACCUCUGCCCUUCAGCACAGCUGUUGUCCGGCUUGUAGCAUUGCAGAUACAGGCACUAAAAGAAGAUUUUCCUUUAAGCCAUGUGAUCUCCCCAUUCACCAAUCAAGAGCGAAGGGAAGGGAUGCUUUUAAAUCUACUCAUCCCAUUUGUGCUCACAGUAGGAUCUGGAAGCAAAGAUAGCCCAUGGCUGGAGCAGCCUGAGGUGCAGCUGCUGCUGCAGACGGUCAUUAAUGUGCUUCUGCCACCCCGGAUCAUCAGCACUUCUAGGAGCAAAAACUUCAUGUUGGAGAGCUCCCCUGCCCACUGCUCCACCCCUGGGGAUGCAGGAAAGGAUCUGCGCAGAGAAGGGCUGGCUGAGUCCACCAGCCAAGCAGCAUACCUGGCUCUGAAGGUGAUUCUCGUCUGCUUUGAGAGGCAGCUGGGAAGCCAGUGGUACUGGUUGAGCCUGCAGGUGAAGGAGAUGGCUCUGCGGAAGGUGGGCGGCCUGGCCCUGUGGGACUUCCUCGACUUCAUUGUGCGGACCCGGAUUCCCAUUUUCGUGCUCUUGCGCCCUUUCAUCCAGUGCAAGCUUCUGGCCCAACCAGCAGAGAAUCAUGAAGAACUUUCUGCUCGGCAACACAUUGCUGACCAGCUGGAGCGGCGCUUCAUACCACGCCCUUUGUGCAAGAGUUCACUCAUUGCUGAGUUCAAUAGUGAACUAAAAAUUCUAAAAGAAGCGGUUCACAGUGGUUCAGCCUACCAAGGGAAGACAUCCAUCAGUACUGUGGGCACCUCCACCUCUGCUUACCGCCUGAGCCUGGCCACCAUGUCCCGCUCUAACACGGGCACGGGCACUGUCUGGGAGCAGGACAGCGAGCCAUCCCAGCAGGCUUCCCAGGAUACCCUGAGUCGGACUGAUGAGGAGGAUGAAGAAAACGACUCUGUAAGCAUGCCCAGUGUGGUAAGUGAACAGGAAGCUUACCUCCUGAGUGCCACUGGAAGACGUCGAUUCUCCAGCCAUGUCUCCAGCAUGUCUGCACCUCAGGCUGAGGUGGGCAUGUUACCCAGCCAGAGUGAACCUAAUGUCCUCGAUGACUCCCAGGGCCUGGCCGCUGAGGGCAGCCUCUCUAGGGUGGCAAGUGUGCAGAGUGAACCUGGCCAGCAGAACCUUCUCAUUCAGCAGCCACUGGGGAGGAAGAGGGGUUUGAGGCAGCUAAGACGUCCCCUACUGUCACGGCAGAAGACUCAGACUGAACCCAAAAACAGACAUGGGGCUCGGCUGUCAACCACUCGCAGAAGUAUUCAACCUAAGACGAAGCCAUCUGUGGAUCAGAAACGAUCUGUUACCUUCAUUGAGUCUCAGCCAGAGCCAACCGCUGCCCCAACAGACACGCUUCCUGCCAUAGGUCAACCACAGGGCUGCAGCCCAGCCCUGUGCAGGAAACCAGAAGGAUUGGACAAACCAGUCCUCACGUCUUCCCCAGCCAUAGUUGUUGCGGAUCUCCACAGCUUAUCUCCCAAGAGUGAACCCCUCCCCACUGAAGAAGGAGAAAAGAAGGAGGACACAGAAGCACAAGGUGCUGCAGCACACAGCCCCCUCUCUCCUCAGCUUUCAGACCCUGAUGACUUCACAGGCCUUGAGACAUCCAGCCUCCUACAGCAUGGAGACACUGUGCUUCACAUCAGCGAGGAAAAUGGCAUGGAGAACCCCCUGUUGUCUAGCCAGUUCACUUUUACUCCUGAGUUGGGGGAGACAGAUGUAGUCCUAGAUGAGUCUCAUGUUUAGUUCUGUAUCUUGUUAGUAUUGAAGGUAUAGAGAAGACAGGGAGAGGAUCACUCUGCUGAAAGUUGAAUACUUUUGCUUUUAAUUAAAAAGAAUAAUUAUAAAACAGCACUUUACAUCCAAUGAGCGGCACAAAUCUGAGUAGAUUUUGCUGCUAAUAUACCUAAUAAUGUAGGUUUCAUAAACAUCUUGAAAAUCAAAGGCUAAAAGGAUUUAGUUGUAUAAAGACCAGAAAAACCAGGGAAGAAUAAGGGGAAAGAGCCAUUUCACUGUACUUUGUGAUUCAAGAAGCCUUGAGCAGUUAAAAGUCUAUACUAUUAGAGCACUGCUUUCACAGGAAUAUUAACAAAUAAUAUAUUCUAAGAAAAGAAUGCAAUUUUUUGAGGUUGCUCACAUUAUACAUCUCAUGCAAAUGUUUAUUUUUAUAGCUUCAAAAAUAUUAAAUCAGGUGGCUAUACAAGUAGUGAUUUACAUGAUAAUAAUCAAUAUAGAGAAUAUUAAUUUGGGGUGAAUAAAUAACAAAUAAGCCUACAGCCAUUUUUGUUUUGGUCAACAAUGUCGACAUUUGGAAGAAGAAAAAAAUACUAUUUUUAGAGCUGUGGACUUUUCAAAAUUUAUUUUUCAACUGUCAUUUUCAGUGCACAUUUAAAUCAGAAUGCUGAUGCCAUAAGAUGAUUCCAUUUCAUAAUCACAUUAGAGAAUACUUGGAAAUUAUCAGUUAUUAUUCUGAAUUAAGAAUCUAAACAGCUAUAUAAUUCUAAAAUCUACAUGUAAAUAUAAUAGAUCAAAAGAGGUAGUAUUCCCACUUCUAGCCCUGACUACACCCAUGCCAAGAUUAGGAUUUAUUGGGAAAUGUGAUUACUUUCCCCUAUGGCAUCCCUGUGGUAUCCUGUGCCUGCCCUUCAGGGCAUAUUUUCAUACAUUAAAGUUAGUGUUGUUAGAAUUGGUUCAGUAAAAUAACUUUUUUUUUUCAAUAGUAAAAAUACUCUUAUGAUCCUUGGGACAUCUAUGUUUAUGAGGAAAAAUAUAUAAAGUUAGCCAUUUCUUCAUAGACACUCAGCUUGUACACUCAGCUUGUACAUUUUACAAAUAGGCUUUUAACUUGAAGUUCAGUUACUUUAAGAUAAAGUAUGAAAUUUGGAAAGCUUUGAGGCCAAUAUCUAGUGGAUUAUUAAAGGGCUGGGCAUCAAAGAAUACAAAAUAGAUUUUUGUAAUUUUAACAGUCUACAUUAUAAAAUUGUUACAUAACUACUGCACAUAAAAAAAUCCAUAUGCAUACCUAAAUUGGUAUGAUUGGGUGAGUGUGUGUAUUUUCUAGUCCUGAAGUAAAAGUUUAACAUAAACUUUUAUUACACUGAGAUUUAAAAUACAUUCUAUAUAUGUAAAUGUUGACUUUGUUGACUGUGAAAUGUAUAUGUAUAUAAAGAGGAAACCUACUAAACCCACCUUAGUCAUAAAGAAAAAUUAUUUUUCUGUUAGACUUGCUUAUUAAAUAGGCACUGUUUAUAUCAUAAUUUACAGUUUCAAAUAUAAUUUGGGGUUAUGGUCCCAUUUAUUAGGAGAAUGAAAGCUAUCUGUGAGUUAAUGAUAAAAGAAUAAAUUUAAAAUCUCAAAAUUCAGAAAAAUCAAGGAGGUAAAUGGCCUCUUUUAUGUUUUAUAACAUUUUCACAUUAUUUACACUUAAUGCUGAAUUAAUUCUCAAGUGCAAAAGUAGACAUAUAAGUGGUUUUCUGAUUCUGAUAUAUUUUACCUGCUAAAAAUCAUGCUGCUCAAUUAGCAUUAGAGGCCUUAUGUUUGGUAAUUACAAUUGUCUGGGCUAUGUGAGUCUUUCUAUAUGUGUGUGCUUUGUUCCAGUUUCUUGACUUUUGACUCAAAUUCUCUAUGUAUAUCAAAUAUUUAAAAAGUAAGGGGUCAUCCUAAAUAUCUUUAUUUAUUUACAUAUAUAUAUAUUUUAAAUGUAUUGAGCUGUUUUGAACAUGAUUUUGCUGGUCUUUCUGCCUUUUAGUCCAACUCUUUCACUCAAGUGUAUUCUCUUAGAAACUUUUUCAAUAAGCUAAAUCAUGUCAUACCUUGCAAAAAAAGAAAGAAAAAACCCUCCCAUUCUGGGAAACAGGGGCUUACAGCGUGGGAAUGUUUUCAUACUGGGACUACUGAGGUUUUUGACGAUGUGUGCGUCUGUUCCAUUGGAGGUGUCCUUAAAUGUGUUGAAUGUAAUGUGUUGAAUGUUUUAAGUGUAAUGGCUAAAGUAUCUAUAUGUAUGUGCAUAAGACCCUCAUGAGAAGUAUUCUCAGGAAUACUGUCACCUGGAGUUUGAAGGAAUAACUAUUUUUUAAAAACAACAGUCGGGGAAGGUAAGAAAAAAAGUUCAAGGUAAUUGACAAUCUUUUGUAUUGUUCAAAAUAUUAUUGACUACUUGACUAAAAGUUAAUUAUUACAUAUGAUAAAUACAGUAUGGUAAUAAUAGAUCAUUUCUUAAGCUAUGAUACUUACUGAUAUUUGUCUUAUUCAGAGGAAAAAAAAUAUAGGCACCCACUUCCCAUGUAUAAAAACUUGGGCACAACAAAAAUGUUGCUUAUUCAGAAAAUAAGAUUUGAGAGACCCUGGAAUAAACAUGUAUUAUCUAUAACAGUGGGUAUAGAUACAUAAUAUGCAGAUUCAAUUUAACCGGUUCAAAUCCUGGAUACUGAAUUUUCUAUAGUAAUCAUUUUACUUUAAUUUUUCAGUAUUUGCUGCUUUCUAUAAUUCUAUUAGAUAAAUUAUUUGAUUUUUCAGAAAAGGAAAUUAGUUCUUGGGUGCAUGUCCCAAGAUACUCAGAACUAUAGUGUCAAAGGCAUGAAUGGGCACAUGGUGUUGCUGGGGGGAGAGACUGCAGUACUGGUGAUCUGAUUAGGGUAUGUUGCACAGAUUGGGAGUAGCUAGUUUGCUACUUCAAGCCUCCAAGAAUACCUUAGACAGAAUGACAUCUCUUCUUUAGCAUCUGUUCCUUUAAGAAAGAACUUUCUCCACUCUGCUGCCCAGCUCUGAGAGUUUUUGAGAAAAUAGAGCAUAGGUAGAGAACUAUAGGAAAGAAAGGGCCAAAAAUGAAUAGAAUGGCAGUCCAAAAUAUGAAUUAAAUAUCCUUCCUCAAGUUAUACACUUUAAUAGAGCACAGUCUCUGGAAUUGCUGCUAUCACAUCAAGUCAUGCUAUUGCCCUGUGACCUCACACUUCCAAUUCCAUGGCCUUGAGUCUUGCAGUGAGUAAAAUAUCCCACUUCCUCAUUUACUUUAGUGGGUCUCAACUGCAGUAUUUCAAAAGCAAACUUUGAUUUGACACUCAGGAGAAUAAAAACAAGGGCAGGUUGUGUUUGGAAAAGCUUAAGACAAAUUUACUUAUAUUGUUUUAGGAUCAUUUAGGAUUACAGAUCUAUGUACCUCCAUAAUAUUUUUUAAUUGUCACUGUGACCACAGGAUGAAAGUCCUUUAUUAGCCAUUUUAUAGGUAAAAACAAAGGAUUGACUACACAGCCAACUUCCCUCAGAUGACUAUGAAAUCUGUUGUGAAUAUUGAAUGACCAAAGAGCAUGGAAAAAUGCAUAUGAAUAAAUACUGAAAUGUUUAUGAAAGAUAUUUAUGAAAGAUAUUGACUUCUGUGUUUGAAUAUGCACAUAUAAUAAAAAUAAAUCUAAGAGCAUUUAA